UAAGAAGCGUACGACUGCCUCUGCAUCUUUUGUCCAUGUGAUGGACUGACUCUUUGUCAUGUUAUUUUGGGAGAGCGCCUAUGUGGAAUCGAGCAAAGGUCAAAGGAGACCCUCGACUCCUCCACAGUGCUGCAGUGCUCCAGUGUAGUGGUUUGCAAAUAUAGUUGUGUGGUUAUUUAUACGGAGGCUGUUCUUCUAUGGAACGGUCCCUUUGUUUUGUAUGACGGAAUAUCCAUCCACCCAUUUUCUACGGCUUUAUCCUCCACAUGAGGGUCGCAGGGGGUGCUGUGCCAAUUCCAGCUGACAUAGGGCGAUAGGUGGGACAUUAGAUAAAUAAAAACAAAGUGCAGUAAAAUAUACACAAUUAUAAUACCAAUAUACAGCGCUGAUAAAAUACACACACUAAAACAUUACAGACGGAUCAGAAAGUACCAAACAAACCAGUGAACAAGUGCCUUUUCAACUUUGAUUUAAAAACCUCAAUAGAGCUGGACCUGCCUGACGUCAAGAGGAAGACUGUUCCACAACGUGGGAGCACGGAGAGAAAAGAAAAGGCACGUUUGCCAACCCUUCUUUCUGACUAAUGGGACAACCAGACGGAGAUCGCAGAGACCGUGUGGGCACAUAAACCUGUAUUAUGUCCGACAGAUAUGCGGGUGCAAGACUGUAAAACCGAACCCAGACAGGCUCUGGGUGAAAAUAUUGUGUAAUACUGCACUAAACAUGAAAGAAUAGAGUGAUCAAAUUGACCAAGACUGGAUAAACCUCUUUUAAAUGUGACAAACACGACUAAAAUAACAACUCAAUGAAUUAUUACAUAUCAAACUCGUACGGCACCGCUGUGUCAACCCACCCGCCACAUUUCUGGAUCUAACGCCACAACACUUGAAAGCAGAGACUCCAUGGAUGCUGAGGGUAUAAGUCAAAGCACUCUACACCAAAGCACCACGGAGAUAAAAGCCAAAGAAUAAAGACAACAUGACGAACGACGGCUGUACAAUUGCUUGCACCUUUGAUAUAUCUGGUCUAUUUAAAUAGACCAUGUGGUUACAGAUACUGAUAUUUCAUUAUGAGUGUGCAGUUUUUCAGCAGAGACUACAAAAUACUGGUCUGGACAGUGAAGAGAGGCCAGCACAGGAGAAACUCUUCUUGGGCAACCCUGAGAGCAGCACAUUACAGUAAUCCAGCAUGGAUGUAACAAAAGCAUGGAGAAGAGUCUCAGCAGCUUUUAAUGAAAGAAACUUGUCCAAAAUCUUACCCAAACCACCAAGUGACCACAAGAGGGAUGGAAGGAGAGGGCAGUAAUCCUGGGGUGGCGAUGGACUCAGCUAAUCCCUUACUGAGAGCAGUCUUCCUCCGUCGCCUGAGACUCACACGGCUGCUCCUGGAGGGCGGGGCUUACGUCAAUGAGAGCGACAGCCAAGGCCAGACUCCGCUGAUGGUGGCCUGCAGGACCCAGCACGCUGAUGCCCAGAGUGCCAGUCGAGUCAAACUGGUCCAGUUUCUACUAGAGAAAGGAGCAGAUCCCAACAUCCAGGACAAGGAGGGUCAUUCUGCUCUAAUGCAUGCCUGCCAGGAGCAGGCUGGUCCUGAGGUUGUGUCUUUGCUCCUGGCCAGUGGAGCAGACAUUAGCCUGGAGGAUCAAUCCGGCACAUCGGCGUUGGUCUACGCGGUCAUGGCUGGAGAUUGGACUGUCCUGAAGCUGUUGCUUGACACUUGCAAGGCCAAGGGGAAGGAGGUGAUCAUCAUUGCAACUGAUAAAUUUCCUCAAGGGAAACUAGAAGCCCAGCGGUACCUCAGCAUUCCUCCUACCCUUGGUCCUCUUGAGCAGACAGACAAAAUGGCUUCAGCAGCUCCUGCAUCUCCCUCUGAAAUUCAGCUCAUCACCUCCCCCCAGUGCACCUCCUCCUCCUCCUCAUGUCCCCCCAAACCCAUUUUCUCUUUCAAAGAAGUCAAGUCCUGUGGCGUGAGCUCCCAUCCAUGUUCUCCAUCACGAUUACGAGGGCUCAGCAAAGAGGCGGCAAACAGACUGCAGCAGCCUCUCCUGAGGUUGAACUCCGAGCCGUGGCUAAAGAUACCGACUUCCCAGCUCAGUCAGCAGCAGCAGCAGCCGCAUGCAGCCUCACCUUCAAAGAAUGACUCAAACCACCCUGAAGAGUUCUCUGUGAGUGUUCCCAUAAUGAAAGGGGACAACAGUUGGCAGUCUAACAGCUGCAAAUGGUAUGAAGGAAGACUGGCCAGGGAAAAUGGAGUAGAAGGACCAGACAGGAAAAACUGCACCAAACAUGGUAGACAAAAGAUAUCUUUACCAAGUCUUCUAUCGCCUCACUCCGCCUCCAAUCCUAACCUCCACUCUGUAAACCUGGGAACAGAUUCGCCUGGUUCUGGUGCCAAACUCCAUAGCACUUCACUUCAUAGUAUGGCCUCAUCAAGUCUUCACAGCAUCAUCCAGAGGCGCAAGCUGGGUGCAGACAUCUACAACUCUGACCCCCAGCUGACUGUAGAUAUCCCAAACCCCCCGACAGAUGGCAAGAGGCUGGCCUCUUUACAUCGCUCUAGCACACUGUGCUCCAGGGAGUCAUCACUGGUCCUGGGUCCAAGCAGCAGAGUGCUAUCCAGGUAUGAGCGGAGAGGCUCUGGUGCCUUUUUGUUGGACCACAACUCUCAGGCUAAGCCAAGGUCUCUGCCACCUCUGACCCUCAGCUCCACCAACACUCCCAACCUUAAUGUUUACAACUUUGGACCUGGAGCUGUAGGUAGUUUCUCAGAGGAUAAAUUCCUUCCGUCUGCUCCUCCUGGACAUCCGACAGAGCUGACCAGGAAGAUGCUUUUGAGGAGACACUCAAUGCAGACUGAACAGUUUAAAACAACGGUCUGAAAUUCAGUUCACCAGUGCGUUAUUGACCCUGGUGAGACCUGGUAUUAAGGUCCUUCCUGAGUGAUGCGAUCAAAUCGGGAAUGUGUUAAGUACAGGUGUGAAAUCUUAUUCUGCAGCCUCAGUGGAUGCGGUGCAGAUUUAUUUGUGCGGUGCAAGGUCAACACACAGAGUAGACGCACAUUACAUGUUGGUCGGGCCAUUUUUGUGUCAUUUGCUCAAAUUUGGCGAAUACUUCUUCUCAUACAAUGACAGGAAGACCAAUCAGCAUUGAGAUUUUCGUUAAUUAACCCUGAUUGUAACAUCGUUUAUUUGAUUCUAAUGGUACAACAUGAUUUAAUGUUACAGCAGUGCAAGUAGAGCUUUGUCUCUGUCACUCACACAGCCAGACAUCAGACACAUGUGAACAAUCAGACUCAUUAACAUGAUUUUCUUCUGUAUUAGAAUAAAGGACGGUAGGUAAGUAACCCUAACCCAUGGACAUUAAUACCAGGUCUGAACGAGACCUUCAUGUGAUGUUGAUUCUGCAGAAAAAUUCAAUAAGAUGAAGAAAAGAAUCCCAGUCAGUAAGUGCUGGGUGUUGUCUGUGCACAGAGCUUCACUAUAGUAACGUUGCAUAAUGAUGUUUUUGUCCAUUAGGGGGCAGCAGAACAAGCAGAAAGCACAUUUCAUAGCUAUAAAAUCUGAACAAAAACAUGUUGUAUCAAGAUGUCAGUGUUGUGUUUUGGGCCUUUCUGCAUGUGUAUCCACGAGGAGGUUUUAGGAGGUUUUAUUGGCAGAAAUGGAAUAUUAGUGUUAUUAGUACGUGCAAUACAUUUAAACUAAGCUUUACAGAGACUGCCGCCUUGUGCCACAUCCUUCCCAUGACAGGAAAAUGAUCAAAUCACACAACAAAAAUAUCCUUUUUGUACGCGAGUCCGUCAUUUGUCACAAGCUGCAGUCUCACCAAUAACACAUCACUCAUUCUUACUCACUGGACCUUUAAUUGUUAAACUGUGUGUGUGUGUGUGUGUGUGUGUCUGGUUUGGGACAGAUGAAGCAACAACAGUGUAAUAAUAAAGUGUAUGAGAAAUGAUUUUAUUCUAAUAAAAACAUUACAAAUCACUGUCGAUGUACAUCAAUAUUCGUCCAACAUGCACACUCAUUUGAAAGACACGGUCAACUUAUUUCCAUAAACUGCUAAAAACAUUAAAAACAAAGUG